AUGGAAGACGACCACCACAACGAUCAGCAGGUGAACAACCCGCACAUAAACAAAGUGCUCAAAACAUACCAGAUGAGUGCGCCCAGGAGCCUGCAGGGACCGAACUCGGUGCUGGACGAACCGUCCGGCGCUGCAGUGGCUGUGUGCUCGCCCAAGGCGCCCAUGCCCACCGCGACAAGCGGCGACUCCGAGUCCGGCGGCGGUAGGAAGACACCGGCGCCGGCGCCACCACCGCCGCCACCCCUGCACCCGGUGCUGUACGUGCCCGACCAGUCUGGAUGCGAGCUGUUUGAGACGGAGCUGGAAUGGGAGAAGAUCGCGUGCUUCAUGGUGGGUGGCGAGAUGCGGUUGUGCCUGCCGCAGAUCCUCAAUACGGUGCUCCGGGACUUUACGCUCACCCAGAUAAACCAGGUGUGCGACGAGCUGCGCAUCUACUGUUCUCGGUGUACGCCCGAACAGCUGGAUAUGCUCAAGCACUGCCAGAUACUGCCGGUGACGGCUCCGUCGUGCGGGCUGAUGACCAAGACGAAUGCCGAGCGGCUGUGCUUCGCGCUGCUCCACCGGAUCCCGCCGCCCGCGGCCCCGGUGCCCGACGACGUCGUAACGUUCUCGUUCGAGGUGUUCCACGAUGUGUUCGGCAAGACCCGGGGCGUGUGCAUGCCCGAACUGUACACCGAGAAGUUCUCGGCGUGCAUACAGUGCGUCGAGUGCAAGGCGCUCUUUGCGCCUCAGCGGUUCGUUAACCACAUACACCGGUUCACGGGAACCAAUUCGUGCCACUGGGGUUACAAGCGCGAGAACUGGAAAGCGUACGUCAAGGUGUCGCAUGGGCACCCGGACUACUCGCAAGUGGUCAACCUGUUCGAGACGUUUAAGGAGCAGAUCGACGAGUCGGCCACUGCGCACUUUUCCUCUCGGAAACGAAAACAGGUAAGGCAAUAUUUAUAA